CUCACUCGCCGGCUGGAGAAAAGGGCGGGGUUAGAGGGCCGGCUUAAACGGCCGAACGGUCGUUAACGUCCUCUUCCACGUGAUCCCGGAGAGCCCCGCGAGGGGCCAAUAGGAGCGCGCUGAGCUCUCGGGCGGACGCUGCAGCUCAGAAAGAGCCCUGAUUGGUCCCCUUCCUGACUGGUUCCUCCUCUGCAUUGGCAACUGAUUGGUCCAUUCUCUCCUCCCUCGUCACCACCACAACAGCUGCCAGAUCCUGUCCACCCAUGCCCUGGAGUCCUGCAGGGAGGCGCUGAUUGACAGCUGUUCCUGCAUCGUGAGCUUGUGCCAGCUGCCCUACCAUCACGACAGAGAGUGACACUGCCCCUCCCUCCAGUGAGUACCCCUGCUGCAGGUAUUUUUACUGAUUUAUUGAUACAUAGGAGAAUGGCCUUGUGACUAAAGCAGAGGACAAGGAAUUGAAAAAACUAAGUUCUAUUCCCUGCUCUACCUUGCACUUCCUGUGUAACCCUUGGCCGGAAGCACAUUUGUGAAUGACAUUAUAAAUGUGCAUGAAGUAAUGAAAAAUAUUGCCCAGUAGGUGCAUUGAAAAGUUUCUUUUCCAUCCCUCUCUUGGAGUAGGAGAGAAAAAGGGAGGCCUUUCUUAAGAUAAAGAUCAUCAGCAAUCCCCAGCCUGUCCUUGUUCAUGGGAAUUGGUCACUUGGUUUCUGAAUGCAGUCCAACCCUGUGAAGUAUGAAGCAGAGAUGCCUUCCCUGUUAUGGGGGUUGGAUCCUGUCUUUUCUGCAUUUGCAAGACUCUACAUUAAGGAUAUAAAGGAAAUGAAAGAAUCUAAGCAGGUUCCAGGUAUAUUCUUUUAUAAUGGACAUCCAAUAAGACAGGUGGAUGUUGUUGGGACAGUGGUUCUAACAAAAGAACGAGAUGCCUUCUAUAACUAUGGAGUGGAUGACAGUACUGGGGUCAUAAACUGCAUCUGCUGGAAAAAUCUCAGGGAAGCAGAAAAGCCUUUCUCAGAACUAGGCACAUCUUGCAGCAGUGAUCUAGUUGAACAAAUGAAGAAGCUCCAGGAAGAGGUGCUCCAGAAAACCAAGCUGGAAAUUGGGGAUGUUGUCAGAGUCCGAGGUCAUAUCCGAAUCUACAGAGAGCAGCGAGAAAUUCAGGCCUCCAUCUAUUAUAAAGUGGAUGAUCCUAUGUGUGAGGUUCAGAUUUCAAGGAUGUUGGAGCUCCCAUGCCUCUAUAGAGAAGUUUAUGAUAAGCCUUUCAAAAUCCCAGAGGAGGCACAGAGUGCCCCAGGUGGUCUGAACCUUAGAAGCUCAAUUGACUUGCUGAGCGAGAAAGUGAAAGACUUCUUAUUGGAGAACAGAAUUCAGACCUUUUACCAACAGGAGCUGGAAACAGUUGACGAUUUGGUGUCAUUGGCCAGUCAGCCUGUGUCCAGGACUGACUCUCAGCAGAUGGAUUCAAAAAGUGAACCCAGCUCCAAACUGAUUCACAGUGCAUUCAAGGAGGCAAUAAAGGUGCUGCAGGAAAAAGGAGUGGUUUUCCAGAAAUCAAAUAGCCCCAAGGAUGUAUAUCAUGUGACUGACCAGGAUAAGGAGUUACACAACGUGAUCCUUGGUGUUGUCAAAGCAGAUUGUCGAAAACCCAAACAUGCUGAAAAGGGCUGCCAUUUUCUUCACAUCUUGUGUUGUGUUCGCCAGACCUACAGUCCUUAUCUAAGUGAAAUGGUGAUGCAUCGUGUCCUGAACCUGCUGGAGAGAAACAGUGAUAUUGUCAGCACCAUGGAAGAAUACUACAUGGCUUUCUGAAAAGAAGAAAUAAGAUGCAGGACAUCUAUUUGUGCAUGGUGCAGGCAGAACAAAAUUUAACCCAGUAACCACAUUGCCAGAAAGAGUAGAAAGGACUCAGCAAUGACACUGAGAAGCUAAAUUGGAGAAGGAAAGUGGAAUGUUGACUCAGAAAUGCUAUUGGUUCCAUCUGACUCUGGUUCCUUGAAAAAAUACACCCCUCACGCUUUGCUUUAAAGCCCAUGCUGAUUUCUGCUACUCCAGGAAUUAAAAUAUACAGGGAUCAUUAGAGAGUGAAAGUUGUUGUACAGUAUCCAAAUAUCACAGUCUGCUAGGUGCAAGCUACCUGAAGAAGUGAACAUUCUGAAUACAAUCACGGUUCUUCCUGAUAUGCUUCUCUUUCUCCAACCAUAGUACUUCCAAGUGGUACAGCCUAAUGGCACCUCUAUGUGCAUGUGCUCUAACAGCCCUAAGUUGCUACUACCGAGACCACUGGUUAUAGUAAUAGUCUCAUCUGUGCUUAAAGACGGCAGUGUUGUGACCUGUCUCCAUGUGACGGAUAUGCUUUCGAAUACAUGUUCUCUAAGUAGAUCUGUCUCCCUUUUUAAAUGUGUGUUGUAAAGACCAGUGGAAGGCACUUUCUGAUACCUGGCAUGCACUGUAUGUAGCCUUCAUUCCGUCAGUGCCAGCAUGAUCUCAUGCGCAUUUCCCCAGUUUGCAUGUCCAACUCAAGGGGGGUUUUUGGGAGCAGCAGCUAGCUAGGAGGCAAGGGUAAUGUGUCUCCUAAAAGCAUACUUACCUCCUCCUACCUCCCCAUAAGGAACAACCUAGCCCAUUGCUUGUAAAGCGUGUUCGGAUCCCUCCAGAUAUUAAUACAAGUUCUUGUUGAUUAAUUUGGACCCAAAUUAAGCUCCUGUUCUCACAAAUCAGCCAUUACUUCAUUUUUUCUGUAAAUAGCUCUCAACAUGACAAAUACUGAUCCAGGAAACAAAAGUUCAUGGAAAAGAGCAUGCCAAAACCAUGGGAAGUCAGGGAAUUGCACCAGUCUCAUCUCCCCUCUCUUUGCUUGCUCUGCAUCCCUGCCACAGUUAGGAAGGCCAGUAUCACCUCUUUGUGCUUGGAUGGGGACUGAAAUUUGUGGAAUGACAUUGAAUGAAAGAAAGCGAGCAUUGACUAAGCUAAUGGGUAGGACAUCUGACCAAGAAUAAUUAAAACUCAGAUGUAUGCCCAGGUUCAACGCCCAGUGCUGCUCAGCAUUUAAACCUACAGGACUGGUUCCUUGAGGCUUGCUCUAACUAAUCUGUUCCAUUAAUGGAGGAAUGUGUCUUUAACUUGAAAUGAGUAAAAAGUGCUGCUUGCCUCGUUCCUCUGUCUCCCACUUGAAAUAGCAAUCUCCCCAGAGCUACAUUUAGCAGAUCAGCAUAGCAGAGAAAAAUAAACCAGAUAUAUGUACUUGGAAAGCCAGCAAGUGGUGUGUGCGUGUCUUGGUUUGGUGAUACAUUAUACGCCUCGUUUUGAAAUGUAGCUGAAGUGGGAUAUAGGCAAAUAGAAAGGCAUGAUGAAACAUGUGGCAUUAGCAUUCAGAUGUCUAUAGAAAAAUCCGCUUUAGAUGGUGCAUGUGUCCUGAGUGCAAAGUUAUGUUUGACUCACUACUUCAUCUAUUUCCCCGCCUCCUGUGGAUCUUGACUGCCAAUUUCCCAGUUGGCUGUUGUUAUUCCUUGCAUUAUUACUACUUGGUUUUUUGCUCCACAUUAUAUACCCUGUCCCCAGACCUCAGCAUGUGUCCAGACAGGUGCAGAAAGGAUGUAUUUAUUCACAAGGAGAUUGGAUAGGGGGUUAAAAAAGAACCAGAACUGUCCGGGAGACAUUCUUAUAAUAAAAGAAGGCAGGGAGUGGAGUCCAGGUCAUGAUUCAAUCUAGUAGGAAAAAAGUCGGGCUUGAUUACAGCUGGUCCACUAAAAUAAAUUUGUCUGAUCUAAGCCCCAAAGGGGGAAGGGCAUUUUGUGUUUGUUUUCAGCUCUGAUACUAUUUGAAGAGGUUCAGUUAUAAAAAAUAGAGGCUGCCCAUGGAAGAAUAGAAGGUAUAGGGACGUCAGUUCCUGGCUUAGAAUCUGAAUUCCCCCUUAGUAGUAACUGAAUAUUUAAUAGCCAUUUCACCUAGGUUAUUAAAUGGCCUAGGUGAAAUGAGUUUUCAGAGCAAAUGGGGGUCGUUUUUGGGAAGAGUGUGAAUGGGGAUCCGUAGUCUAUUUUUUUUAGUGGACAAGUGUUAGGCAUGACAAAUGCUAGUAACUGGCCACCUCUCCCUUAGAGACCUAGGCUGGCCAUUUGUUUUUUUGUUUGUUUGUUUUUGUGGGUUUUUUUUUUUUUAAACCAUCCCAUUGCGUUAGCAGAUGUUAAUUCUGCUGAUAAAGGAUUAAAUGAGUACUGCUGACUUGCUGAGAAAUGUAUUGGACUUUGCUGCCAGUGUAAAAGGGAAGUGGAAUUGGUUAUCUGGGGCGAGAGAACUGAGGGUGUGGGCUGAGCAGUCAUUGGGGAGGAAUUCUGCAAGCAGCUGAGCCUUGCGGGGGAGGGGGAAAAAGGAUUGGGCUCAGAAGCUGAGGCCAGGUCUACACUACAAAUUUAUAUUGGUAUAAUUACAUAGCUUGGGGUGUGCAGUAUUCACACAGCUGAACGAGGUAGUUGUUCUGACCUCACCCCUGGUGUAGGCAGCCCUCCCGUCGACAUAGCUACCGUCUCUCGGGGAGGUGGAUUAACUACUCCGAUGGGAGAAGCUCUCCCCCGUUGACGUAGUAGCAUCUUCACUAAAGUGCUACAGUGGUGCAGCUACUUUGGUGCCACUGCACCGCUGUACGUGCAGACAAGCCCUAAGUUUCAUGAACUUCAGAGCGAGAUCCAUUGGUGCACUGGUUCUGGUUUUGUUUUAGUAACUUGCCCUGCUAUACCUUCCAUCCAGGAACCUCAAUAUACUUUACAUUCCAUAAUGAAUGAAUCUGCACCACACCCUGUCAAGCAAGCAGAUGGUUAUCAAAGCCCCACGUAGUCCACAGUAGGGCCCCCUUCUUUCCACCUGAUCUCUGCAGUUGUCCAAUGUGCCAUCAUGUAAAUUCUGUAGCAGCUUUAAUGGAGGUUUGUUUUCUUUUACAUGUAAAAGUGAAUAAUCCAUUUAGGAUAAUAUCCAUUGUGUAUUUAUGCUGAUUUUUUUGAAUUCAGCAAUGCCCCUGUGUGCUGCAGAUGUCUGUACAGACAUUGGAGAAGGUGGCAAUGGGAAGCUGGAGGUUUAGGCAACUGGGUUGGGAUGUAAUUGGGGCUUUUCUAUGCUGGAAGUUGUAAAGCUUUAAUUAUACUGGUAUAGUUAAAGUGUAAAUAAAUAACCCCCCAGUGUG